GGAAGGAAACGUAAGCAAAACGCAGUGAACGUCGAUGUCAUCAUAAUCCAUGAUCAUCAUCAUUAUAUGCAACAAUAUGGCCGCGCCCUGAGCAUAAACUGUAAACUUGUUGGAAACCACUGGGCUUGCUUGCUGGGCAUGCUUGCUGUUGCUUGCUAGUUUUGUCUGGAGUCAUAUUUGGUACAAUGGGUCGCCCUAUUCCGGUUCACGUGGUUGAGCCACACUUUCAUGCAUUGGAUCACAUUUACCGUGCCAUUGGGUCCAAGAAAUUGAACUUCGAUGGCCUGGUAAUGAUUCAUUUUGAUGCCCAUCCGGACCUUGUAAUUCCUCCCCAGCUCGAACCGCUAAAGAUUCAUGACCGUGAACAUGUAAUGUCAUCUAUUGACAUUGAAAGCUGGAUUAUGCCUGCAGCUUUGGCAGGUCACUUUGACCGCCUGCUCUGGGUUCGUUCACCCUGGUCAGAUCAGUUGCCCGACGGAGACCACUGCUUUCUAAUUGGCGAAAAGGAUGGACGUGCCAAGGUUUCCAGUGCACUGCCAUACUUCCUGAGUGAGUGUGCUUGGGCACCGAGUGAAGAACUGUCCGGCGCACACGGGGUGACUCUCAGGGUUCGGCCGCUGGACUGGUUACUCGCGCAGCGAUCCCAGAAUGAGGCCUGGCGGCCAAGCUCACGACAGCUGGUGUUAGACAUUGAUCUCGACUUUUACAGCACACAGGACCCCUUCUCACUCAUGUUCACUGCCAGCCAGAUGGCCAGGCUGCGAAAACUUUACCACUGGGACUGGCCCAAAGAUGUGUGUGAUGCUCAGAAGAUCAAGGAAGCUCAAGAGGGUCGUGCUAGGCAACUUGAACACCUGAGGACCUGUCUUAACUACCAGUUGCAUGACAGCAAAAACUUGGAGCAGCCAGACGAUGAAAACAGCCUCGAAGAGCCUUCAUACCCAGCCGAGCUGGUGGCUUUAUGCAGUGACCUGAGGGAACGACCCCCAAUCGGAGAAACUCUGCACGCCGAUUUGGUUCACGAUGCUGGUUGCACGUGCGACUUAGACUCUACAUUACCUCACCAUCAAAGCUCAAAGCAGGAAGUCUUGGAUCUCAUCGCCAACACAGCUCGUUUUCUCCAGAGCUUGUGUGCAGCACCAGCAGUGAUAACUAUUGCACGUUCCAGUGUUGAUGCUUACUGUCCGCCGGAACAAGUCGACUUCAUUCAACAUUCGGUGAUCGACAUGCUUAGGAGUGUGUAUGGUGAACUGGAAGUACAGUUAGAUUAUGACAGUGCUGGUGAUACAUAAUUUUUACACAUUGUAUGAAUUGAAAUGUGAGUGUGUAAAGCUGUUAGUAGUGUGCAAAUAUGGGUGAUGCUCAUGUGGCCUGUUCAAAAAUAGUAUAAAUACCGUCUGUCAGAGGCACCUGCAAUGUGGCUGUGUAUGCUAUUGUUGAAGUUGCAUUUCAGAAAGUUAUGAAAACGAUUUGCAAAUACUGUGAGGAAUCCUUUUGAAAAAAAAAAAAACAUUUCUGUAAUUAACCAAGCUUUCCAAUUCCAAACUGUAUGACCCAUUUUUAUACUGUCACUGUCAUUCAAGACGAACACAUUUUUUGAUAUCGCAGUGAUGGAGAACACAAAAGUACCUGUUUUCGAGGUUUGUGGUUGAUCCAGUCAACAAUGUGGACAGGUUUUCAUGUAUUUUGGGCAAGGACACAUUGCAGUGUAUGCAUAUCAGGAUGAGUAGUAGUGCAUAACAAAUGGAGUACAAGGUGCCACAGUACUGUUACGUGUUCUUUUCAAAAUGCACCACAAACAUGUGUGAAGCUUUCUCUACCUCAUGCAUUUCCACAGAACCUUUUUUUAACAAUACAGGCAUUCUUGAUUUCUGCCCCCGUCAGAAUUGGGCUGCCACUGCUUGAAAUCAAAUUUGCAAUUUUGUAUUUUGCAGUAGACUGUCAUAACCACUAUGGUAGCUCAGAAGUCUUUUCUGAAAAAUGAUUGCCUUCAAUUUUGCAAUAUAAACAUAUGCAUACAGUUUUUAAUUAAGUGAAAACUCUUGUGAAGCAACUACCGUAAAAACCGGACUAUAGGUCGAACUUGAAUAUAGGUCGACCCCCCAACUAACCGAUUCUAAAAAUGAAAAAAAAAAAAAAAUCUUUUUCAAUGGCAAAAGUACCGAAAGACACCCUUACCUUUAAACAAAUGCGACUCAGCCGGUUGCACAAUGGUGACAGUAUUUAUUUAAAUGCUGCUCCGUACCGUGAUGGUAAGGUGCUGACAAACACGCGGGUCGAUGGUCACACGAUACGAAGCCCACGGCAACCUGGCGGGUUGCCGUGGGCUUCCGCGUACUCAAUCGCCUUUUUCUUCAAGGCGACGGUGAAUUGCGGCCGGCUUCCGCUCAUUUUGAAACAAAAUGUGAAAAAGCAGCCUGAAUGCGAUGGCGAAGGCGGCUGGUGCUGUACACUUCAUCUGCCCAUUGUUGCAAGACUUCCGUAGUUUUUCCGCCAAUGUCCGGUAUAUAUGACGAGGGUGGACUUUUCGCAGUGGUUUUUUGAAAAAAAAGUUCGACCUAUAUUCCGGUUUUUACGGUACAUUUUGAAAUAUGAAAAUCUUUGUAUCCUUGGAUAAAUAAGUUACCCAAAUGUAGUUUGCACAGCUGUAGUUUGCAGCUGUAACCACAGAACACCCAUACAAACUCUGACAACUAUGCAGGACUUUAAAUGCUUUGUGAAAAAUUUCAUAAGAACCAGUUCAGCCCUUGCGCUGCUUCUGCCAAAGGAUAGCCAAGAUAUGUCUUUGUUUAUGGGUGUUUGUUAGAAACAAGCAUCCAAGCAAGCUAUGACCAAAUGUAUAUGCAUAAAGCAGCACCACACUCCUGGAAUAUAUCUUUAUACGCACAGUGCGUGUGGAGGUGGGCUUGGCAGAUAAAUUUGAUAAAAAAACGGAGCUAUGGCCAAUUAACUGCAGCAUUAGGUGACCUUAGCAAAUUUGUAUCUUGAUUGUGUUUCAACAUUUUCGACAUGUUAAAUUAAAGUGCAGUGGUUCAGCAAUACAAAUUGUUUCUCUGUCUGAACUUACACUCUAAAUGUACUUAUGAUGCAGCCACAUGCCAUUUUAUAUCAGUUUAUUUAGUAUUGUUCAGGGUGUCUACCAUCAGGGAAAAACCUGGGAAACCUGUCGUUUUCAGGGAACUUGGCAGUUCUGGAAAAUGUAGGUGAAAAACUGAUUUUUCACCCUGGUUGCUUUGAACCAUGGAAAUUGGUACCUACAGUGGUUAUGACAAAGCUAGUGGCAUACCAGAAGGAAGCAAGUUUCAUCAACUGCACUUAUGCAAUCUGUUGGUUUUGUGACCGAGCCUGGUUAUCAUUUUCUGUGUGCCAAUAUAUCGCUUUGUUGCUAGCUGGUGCUCCUUAGUUUGAAAUAUCUGUGCCAAAACAAAUGAGUUGAAGCAAUCUCCACGUGACUUGCCUCUCUCUUGAAUCAGCCAGUGCCGACGUCACACCAGAGGUUUCAUAGUCCACAACAGGUGUUACCACUUUGGUUUUCUUGUUUUUGUCAUUUUCUCACUUACAAAAGCUCUGUUCUUGCUACGAAUGACGAAUUCGUUAUUACAAAAGCCUUAUCUUUCAAUCUAGUUCAACUUAACAUUUUUAUUUAGUGUCUAUUGAAGUAAAUCCCAGAUAUUUACAGCUUACUGAUAGUAGUUGAAUAUUAUGAGCUGGCAUAGUAACUUUGCAAGUGAUAAACCACCCAUUUUGUCCUUGCACUUGAACCCCCACUCUAGUGUCAAACUGUCGGGGAAAACCUGGAAAAAUCGGAAUAGGAAAGUGCCGACAUAGCAGACACCCUGUGUAUUAGAACAGCAUUUCAUCAACUAAUUGUCAUUUCAAAUAUCUGCCUGUGAAAGCUUCCUGGUUGCCUGCCACCAUGCUAUUGUGGUAGAUCACGGAAAAAUGUACAUGCACUAUUACUGUGAUACUGUACUUGGAUUUCCAUUGUCCAAUUUAUCUAUUCCUUGAAUGAAGCUACAACUGGGAGCAUCAAUAAGACGGAUAAGAAACUUAGAAA